AUAGCUGCUGGUGCUCUGUAACAGAGAGAGAAAGAGAGAGUGGUAGCAAAGCCCGUCUACAUUCUCCGGUGGUAGUGUGUGAGGAAGGGGGGCUGCUCACAGAGCUGGGAAUGGAUAUGGCUAACCUUUUUAAACACUUCUUUCGGAUUGGGAAGGUGAAGCAGAAAGGCUGUGUGCGAGAUUUGCCCUCCAGCUCAGAGAAAUAUGAGGGCGAUGAGCGACUGUAUGACCUCAACCUGCCCGCGCUGGUGAAGUUCAACUACACCGCGGAGCGGGAGGACGAGCUCUCUUUGGUGAAGGGCACAAGGGUCAUCGUCACGGAGAAGUGCAGCGACGGUUGGUGGCGAGGAACCUAUAAUGGCCUUUCUGGGUGGUUUCCCUCCAAUUAUGUCACAGAGGAUGUGGACAGGACAAUGAGGGACGAUUCCAUGAGCUCUCUCAAAGAUAAAUUGGCCUCAGUGGGGCACAAUAACAACGGCUCUCAGGUUCUGCAGACUGUACAGGCACUUUAUCAUUUCAGCUCCGGCAAUGUCGAAGAGCUGAAUUUCAACAAGGAUGAACUUAUGGACGUGUUAGAGAAACCUGAGAAUGACCCUGAAUGGUGGAAGUGUAAAAAAGAAAAUGGGCAGGUGGGUUUAGUGCCCAAGAACUAUGUUACAGUUGUACAGAAAACACACAAAGAACUGGGGAAUUCAGGACCUACUUCAAUCUAUGACAUUAAGCCCUCUAUGGAUGGAAGGUUUGGAGGAAAACAAUGGUACUAUGGCAAACUGACACGGCACCAGGCUGAGAUGGUCUUGAACCAGAGGGGCGCGGAUGGUGACUUCCUCAUCAGAGACAGCGAGUCUACGCCAAACGACUUCUCUAUCUCUCUGAAGGCGGUGUACAAGAACAAACACUUCAAGGUGCAGCUAAAAGAUGGACUGUACUGCAUUGGUCAGCGCAAGUUCAGCUCCAUUGAGGAUUUGGUGGAACAUUACAAAAAGGCCCCCAUUUUUACCAGCGAGCAGGGAGAUAAACUGUACCUGGUUAAAGCAUUAAACUGAGCCUACACAAGAGCAACAUCUAAAUCUGUCAUCCAUCAGCACCAACAAUAAACUAUUGACUGUGCAUUGGGGAAGUGUGAAAACUUCUUUGGUUAAAUGUGCUAAAUGUUAGUGUAUUUACAAUUACAAGUACAUUCAGUAUGUGUUUGCUUUAGCAUUGCUCCAAUUUGGGAUAUUCAGCUACUUUAAAUGCAAACUCCAGUUAAUGUCAGAUAAGCUAUCUUUGUACUGUUAUUCCACCGCAAUAGUCCAACAUCACUUCACUUCAUCUUUGUACGUACUUGCAUAGGCUUCUUGUGAUUAUUCAAGACACUUAAAAAGUGGAGAAUGAAUGAAAUGUCACUGCAAUCAGGUUUUUUCCUUUACAUUUAAUUUGUUUAAUUUAAUAUCAAGAGCUAGAGGACAGUGAGAGAAUGGACACAGUAACUUUAAACCACAUGUGUGAUAGCAUUUUUACCUGAUUGCUACAUUUUUGUUUGCAGCAUUGAUUUCAUGAAUUCUCACGAUAUGUUGUUCAUUUGCCUGUGCCAAUCUUUCUCUUCAAUCUACAUUGGGUUUUUACAGAGGACUAUAUUUACAUUUCCAUAGUCCCAUCCUAUCAAAAGUUAACGCCCCCCCCCCCUCCUCCUCCUCCUCCUCAUUUUUUACUACUAAUUUGUAAUUUGUAAAAAAAAAAAAUUGUAAACUGUGAAUGAUGCAUCCUUCCAUAUUGAAAUUUAUAUUUCUUUUACUUAUCAUUUCUUGACUUGAUAAGUGUAGCAUUUAAAAAUAAAGCAUACAAUUUUCGCCUUUUUA